UACUUUGAUUUGAACUCUUCUGAGCGCUCCGUCCGUGCGUCUUUUCUCGACUUUCUAUGAAUUUACGCCACAAUUUGGACUUCACUGCGCGUGCGUAAAGACGUCUCAACAGGUCCCCGCUGUCCACGUGAAAAGUGGGCUCAUGUUGGCGAUUGUUGUGCACUAGAGGGGCUGCCGUGGAUCACUUACAGGAUCACCAUAUGAAACUUCGAGCUGUGAGAAGACGCCUUGAUGACAUCGUCCAGUGAAGGUUAAUUCAUUGGACUGAAGAAAUACCGUCUUUUGUGGAGCUAAGGUUUGGUGUGCAGUGUGGGAUGCUGACAAACCAGUGGUGCGAGGCUGAAGGAGCAUGGUGAAACACCAACCCUUGCAGGUCUAUGAGAAGCAGAUCUUCUUGUCCAUAAUCACUGGCAUCUAUGGUUGCCGCUGGAAACGCUACCAGCGUUCCCAAGACAACACCUCCAAGUGGGAGUGUUUAUGGUUCACCAUCCUGUGUUGCUCCUUCUUCCUCCUCCUCUUUUGGACAUACUUCUGGUUUGUGGCACAAAAUGACUUCAACGACUUCAAUUGGUCAGUGUAUAACCGCACUGGUGAAUGGACAGAUGAGACCAUUCCCAUCGCGGCCUCUACCUCUGUGGGCAUCAGCUACAUUACAUUCUUAGUGAUUUUAGCACUCUUCCACAUUUCCCUCGGUCAGCAACUCAAUCUUUAUUGGGUGCACAAGAUUGGUGUGUUAGCGACAUUAGCCACCACUAUCUCUGGAGUGGUGUCUGUGGAUGACAUUUGGGGAGAUGAGUGGGAGAUCCUGUUUAUUUCAUUGCAGGCCACUGCACCUUUUCUACACAUUGGCGCCUUGGCAACAGUCACCGCAGUGGGCUGGUUGGUCGCUGGAUACGUGGUCCGUAGACAGAGAUCCAAUUUCCAGAUGAUGGUUCUGGUGGUGUACUUUGCCAUCCUGGUUGCCCUGUAUCUGGCCCCGCUCUUGUUUACCUGCCCCUGUGUCAUGGACCGCCACAACCUCAGAGAACGGCCUGAAAUCAUCGGACGAAGAGGAGCUCCUAUGCUGGCUCCAGAGAAUACCAUGCUGUCCUUCAAUCGAGCGCUCCAGCAGGGGGCGACCUCCCUGGAGGCUGACGUCACCAUCAGUGUGGAUGGCGUUCCCUUUCUUAUGCGAGAUCGCACUUUGAGGCGAACCACAGAUGUGAGAAAAGUCUUUCCUUCCAGAGAAUAUGAAGAUGCUUCGUUCUUUAACUGGACAGAGAUACGCACUCUCAAUGCUGGCCAGUGGUUCCUAGAGAAUGACCCCUUCUGGACAGCUGCCUCCCUCACAUCCAAGGACAGAGUGAGAAUAGAGAACCAGACGGUGUGCACCCUAGUGGACAUGUUGAGACUUGCAGCACGAGCAAAUGCCUCUGCUCUGUUGAAUAUCCGUAAGCCCCCUGCCCAGCACCCCCGCGCCCGGAGCUGGUUCAUGGACACUCUGUGGGCCGUGCAGAAGGCAGCCAUCCCCACCAAGAGGGUGAGGACUGUGACUUGGAGCCCGGACAGCGACAGGGGGAGGGUGCGGGGCUUUCAGCAGACCGCCCAAGAGAAGCUGUCACUGCAAGAAAUGAGGCAGAGGGGAAUUACAAGCCUGACCCUCCACUACAGCAAGGCCAACCACAAAGACAUACAGGAGUAUCUGGCCAACAAUGUGAGCGUGACCGUGUACCCGGUGAAUGAGGCCUGGCUCUACUCCACGCUGUGGUGUAGUGGGGUGCCUUCUGUGUCCUCUGAUGCCCCCCAAGUUCUGCGAAAGGUGCCUUACCCCAUCUGGCUCAUGAGCCAGACUGCUUACUACUUCAUCUGGAUCGCCUCAGAUCUGUUGUCACUCGCAGUCGUCCUUGUGAUUUUCUCCUUUCAGAAGUGGAAGAUGAGUGGGAUCCAGAACUGUAACCCUGAGCAGAUCGUGCUAAAUGCAGUCGGACGCCCACAAACCCGAGAGGUCAACAUCAUGAAAGAGAAACUCAUAUUUUCAGAGCUCAGUAAUGGACAUGCCAGUGCGGAGGAGAUUUCCCUUUAUCCUGAAAAUGGAUAUGCAAGCUACUCUCACGGAGGACUGUUGUAAGACAUCACUGCGUGAAAUUAAAACAUACGGAGUGGAGUUAUGGACACUGUCAAACCUAAAAAUCUAUGAAACUUUUUACUGUAUUAUUUUGAAAUUACAUAAAAAUGCCAUUGACCAGUUUAAAUGUAUUGUUUUAAAUGUACCAUCAGGAUAUAAGCAGUGUUUGACCACAUUUCACUUUGGAUGUUACCAAAAUUCAUGUUUUUAAUUUUAUCUGAACACUACUCCCUAUUACUCACAAUGAACUCAGCGUGAAGAAGUGCGGUGUUUUGUACAUGAACAUUUCUUUCUUUUUACCUGUGUUUUCCUUCAAGAGCUUUGAAUCCAGCAUUGUUAAUAUGCUUCUUGAACAACUGAUUUAUUUAAAGAUAGUAUUGUUCACAUGGUUGCCUUUUUGCUAAUCUUGUACUACUGUAUAUUGGGAGUCACAUGUUAUCUGUAGCUUCAGGUUUCUUAGUUUAAAAAUAAGCUCUGUAUAAUUUUAGAUA